AUGUUUGACUUUUCACUGCCAGAAUUUUUGGUCGUGUGUGGCAGCGUCCUGCUCAUAGCGUUGCUCCUGACGGAAAUUCUGGACUGGACCCAACUUUUUGCGCCAUUGGAUUGUCAACAUUCGCCAGUUUUCGUAUUCGGAUAUGGAGACCACAACGGACCUCAUACUUGGAAACUCUCUUACCCGGAGAGUGGCGGAAGCUCUCAAUCUCCUGUCAACAUUGUCACACGCUUGGCAUGUGUCGUUCAACCGAGCGAACCUCUCAAGUGGAGAGGAUACAGCAUCCAGCCAGUGUCUAUGACGCUGGCCAAUGAUGGCAAUAACGUGUUGGUGUGCGCCUUCUGGACUCGAUCUUCAAGGCCCUCCAUUCAAGGAGGUCCGCUCAACGGCUGCUACGAUUUUUACUCGAUGAUGUUCCACUGGGGUCCAUCGGAUGUUGAGGGCAGCGAACACACUCUCGACUACGUCCGUUAUCCCAUGGAAUUACAGAUGAUCCAUGUUAAGCGAGGCUUCAACUCUCCCCUGGACGCUAUUGUAUUAGGAGCUAAGGACGGUGUGAUGAUCAUUUCGUUCUUUUUCCAGAUAACCAACGUGGAAAAUCCUUAUUUGGACCACAUCGUUACCAACUUAUGGCGAGUCAGUCAGCCCGGCGCAAAGGCUUACAUUCCUCCAUUUCCUCUUGAAUGGAUGUUUCCACCGUUUGAAAAGAAUUAUUAUACCUACAACGGCUCUUUGACUCAGCCACCGUGCAGCGAAGUCGUCACGUGGAUAAUUCAACCAGAACCGAUCGCAAUCUCGUCAAGCCAAGUCGCGAAAUUCCGAAAGCUGUGUUCUCUGGACGGUCCGAUUCUUCUAAACUCACGGCCAGUGCAAAAUCUCAAUGACCGAAAUAUUUACUUACACGAUUAGAAAGAAAUGCUGGUAGGACAAAUUGCUUUCUUCGAUCCAGGAGACUGUCGACACGUGAAGAAUUGUUUCCAAAGUGAGCAUAAGUAUAAAUGACUGGGAUCAUAUUUUUUAAAGAUCUGAAAAUCGGUGAAUAUUUUGUAACAUACAUAUACUAAAUUUAUUAUCCUUCAUGUGUGUAUUAUUUCUUUCUUACACGUCAUCCCAUUGCGUAAAAUGAUGAAAUAAUUUUCGAAAAUAUACGAGUCUGUAACACUAUUUAUAUCAUACGUGACACGAGUUAUUAAAAAUAACUUGUCAUAAAAUGACAAGUAUUCCGAAACUCUUCAAAUGCGGUGAGUAUAUACAGAAACUGUCGUCUUCUCAUGCAGACUGGCCACCCUAAUGAACUGCAGUCGUCAAGUGGGGUACAUAGAGGUUAUAUGUAGGCAAUGCAAUUUUUAUUUUAGAAUAAGAAAUCUCGAAUGAUUGAUUCUGCGAUACGAGAAAACUCGGCAAACUUUCAUGGUCAACUGAGCGAUUACUCACGACUAUCUGACAACUCAUACGAGUCAUCGUAACAACAUAAU